CCUUUUUCUAUUUAUGUAAUCACAUUCCUUAUUGAAGACUACAAAUUUCACAACCCAGAAAGCUAUUUCUAUUAGCUGUCUCUGGUUUCAAGAUGGCACCAUGGAAUUUUCUCAUCUUGCUUUUGAUCUCUGUCUCAGGUUCUGAUGCUGCGGUUUUUACACUCUCAAAUAGAUGCAGGAGCACCAUAUGGCCUGGAAUUCUGUCCGGCGCAGGAAAGCCUCAGCUAAUGGAGGGUGGUUUCAAAUUAAAACCAGGCCAAUCAGUGAAAGUCAGUGCACCGCAAGGUUGGUCAGGCCGUUUCUGGGCUCGUACAGGGUGUUCAUUCGACAGCUCUGGCCGCGGAAAAUGCAUCACUGGCGACUGUGGUGGCAUUCUGAGAUGUGCUGGAGCAGGUGGAGAGCCACCAGCUUCGCUUGUUGAAUUUACCCUGAAUAGUCCAAUUGAUUAUUACGAUGUCAGUCUAGUAGAUGGCUUCAAUCUGCCAGUUUCUGUGGUGCCUUCUGGUGGUGGAGCUGGUUGCAAGGCUGCUGAGUGUGUUUCAGUCCUGAACAAGAAAUGCCCUGGGAGCCUACAACUGAAAUGGAAUGGUCAAGUUGUGGCUUGUAAGAGUGGUUGCCUAGCAUUUGAGAAACCUGAAUACUGUUGCACUGGUGCUUAUAGUAGCCCUCAGACUUGCAAGCCAACAAAUUAUUCUAAGGUCUUCAAGACUGCUUGUCCUAAAGCUUAUAGUUACGCCUAUGAUGAUGCUUCAAGUACUUUCACCUGCAAAGGAGCUAAUUACUGGAUUAGAUUCUGUUGAUAAUUCACAUUUUAUGUUCUUUAGGAAUGCAAAACUAAAUCUUAACCCAA